GUAAUAUUUGAAAUAUAAUAUUAGUGUUAUUAAGUUGUAUCUCAAAAUCGAUUACCUGAGAAUUAAGCUAUGAACGUCUUUGUGGUAUUUAUUAUCUAUAUGUUUUCUGUGAUGUCGGAAGAUCACCCAAAUGUAAGCCCUGAAGAUGAAGAGUUUUCCGAGAGCGGGGUUCUUAUGGAUUUUCUAACAGCUCUAGAAAGACAAAGCGGCUUAGUAUCAUUAGAGCCCAACUAUGUAGUAUAUGGGAUAAAUUGCCCUGAUUUUAAUCAAUGUACGGUUAAUCCAAGUGGAGAUUUAAUAUGGGAAGUCAGAUCGCUUUUUUAUAGUUCAUAUAUGAUGCACGGGCAAGAGGAUGAGGAUGCGCAAAAAGUAACAAUCGAUGGAUGCUUAAAAUAUAACCCCACAGAUUCUACUGCCUAUAACCAGUGCAUGCAACAAGUUAGAAGAAGCAUGAGAAUAGAUAUGGCAGUCAAGUUUGAUUCAAUUUUUAGGAGUCUACUUGAAGCAAACUGUAGUUUAAGUAGUGAAAAUUGUUACGAUGGUAAUUAAACUAAUUUGUGAAGUAAAUUUUAA